GAUAAUGACUAAUGUGUAUCAAAUAAGAAAACGGUAAAGUUAUGUAAAGAAUAAUUUGAUUUAACUAAAAUAUUCUAGUUUCAAAAUCUCGCAUUGGUGUGAAUUAUAUAGAUUGACCUCAAGGUCAACUUCCCAACAGCAGACGUCGCUUCCGCAUUGGGCGAAGGAGAAAAUGUAUUUCUGCUGGUGGUUUAAAGAUUACUGAUCUGUUUUGUCAAAGGAUAAUGGUCUUUGGAACAAGGGCGAUGGAUACUUGCCGUGAGACAAAAUCUCGACAUGCUGUUUUUGAGAAGAUGGAGAAACUGGUUAAAGAAAUGCAGCAAUCGAAGUCGGGUGUCCCUGUUCGCACCCAGACAAGGUUUCUCGCUUCCAUUCCUUCUGUUUUCAGUGGGAGUGACUUAAUUCACUGGCUGUCUAAUCGCCUGAAGAUCAGUGAAGAGGAACACACGGAGGCCGUGAAGUUGGCUGUUCUUUUGUGCCAUUAUGGAUACAUCUUUCCUGUUGCCGAUUCACGAAACCUAACAGUGAAGGAGGAUGCAUCUUUGUAUCGAUUUCAGAAUCCUACCUACUGGCCUUCUCAAAAUAUGGAGCCUGAUAAUGUUUCUUAUGCAAUUCAUUUAGUGAAACGUAACUCUCGAAACAAGCAAAAGCAUGGCCUUGAUGAUUAUGAACAGGCUAGUUUAGCAAAGCUGAAUACGAUGCUAUGUGAUAAGUGGGACUUCAUUGUCACUCAGGCUCAAGCCCAAGUAAAAAUUGCCAAAGAAAGAAAAAGAACGGAUAAAGCGAUUUUGGACAGUCAGGAGCGAGCUUUCUGGAGAAUACACAGGCCUCCACCUGGGAGCAUCAAAACAUUGGAUGAAGGUUCGAAAAGAAAUUUUCAACCUAUGCAAAUGGCUGCAAGACGCAGGAAAAAUAAAGAUCUACUUCAAAAAGAGCUUCAGUAUUUACGACAUGCCAUCACCAUAUGUCGAGUGAAAACCUCAAAAGCUAUUGAAGGCUUGAAGAAUUUCACAGAUCUGCACCAUGAACUGGAUCCGAUGGUGACACCCCCACUACCUUCAAAUCCCUGGAUAUCUGAUGAUACAACUUUCUUUGAAAUAUGCGAAGACAGCACUGAAAUUCCAACAGAACAACGGGUAAAGAAAUGGUCCUACAGUUUGAGAGCAUUACUUGCAGAUCCAAGAGGGAAAACUGAGUUUGAGAACUUUCUAAAGAAAGAGUACAGUCAUGAAAAUUUCCGUUUCUGGAAGGCUUGUGAAGACUUGAAGUUCUGCCCCCAGUCUGGGUUACCGGCCUGUAUACAGAAAAUAGCCGAAGAGUUCCUCACCCCUGGAUCACAUCAUGAAGUUAACAUUGACAGCAAGUGUAGCGAAGAGGUUCAAAGAAACAUGAAAUUGGCAAAGCCAAGCAGGUUCACUUUUGACAGAGCCCAAGAGCAAGUAUUUUCUCUCAUGAAAAAGGAUACUUAUCAGCGCUUUUUACGGUCUGAACAGUAUAAACACUUGCUCGCUAAUGCUGUUCAACCAGGAGGGAAGAAAAAGUUCUUCAGUUUUGGAUCAAGAAAGAAAAACACACUUACCCCAAGUCCGAAGCCAAAGCGCAGAGGCAGUGCUAGUAAUGAUGGGGACGGGGAGAACCAAACAGUGGCACAUCAUUCCUACAGCACAGGGAAUUUGCGAGACUUGGAUGACAAAUCCACUGUUAUGUUACGGAGAGAUGCUAAUUCAUCAGAUAGCAGUUUGGCAAGGUGUGACACCUCACCAAACAUGGUUGGCAGACGCAGUCUGCGCUCCCCCCAAGAAAGUCCACGGAAGAGCAAACAACUAGAAGUUCCCAAGCACACCUCAGUGCAUGUGGCUGACUCAAGCAAGGGAGAAGGAACGUCUUGCCUAGCUAUUGCUGUACCCAGUAAAACCAAUGUCGUUGCCCCCUGGGAAGGUGUAGAUUGAUGAUGAGGCACACGCUGCCUUAGUAGAUUGUCUUAUUGCACAGCAUAUGGGCUACUGUGGUUCAUAACAUUCUCCUUGAUUACUUCUUCACGCGCAUGUUUUUUUUUUCCCCACAAAAAUUGAUGCACCUGAAUGUUUUCACGAGCUAAUGCAAGGCACUCCAUUGUACUCUUUUUAAUCAGUAUCAUUGCCAGUUCUUAUAUUGUUGUUUCAGAACCUAGAAAGUACAGAGUAUCUUGAGUGUGAAAAACAUUUUCCUGCUCACAGGCUUGUGGUGGUGAAAAGAUGAACAAAGAUUAUCAGCACAUUGUUUUAUGUUAUAAAUUUUGUAUAUAAAGUACAUUUCCUUUCUUCUUUUCUGAAUUUAGCCAGUGGCUUAACUUUGGCAUAAAUGCAGAGCACUAUUAAGUUUAGAAUUGAAGAAGCUGAAAAGAUGUAAGACAAACAUUCUGAAAAAAAAAGGACUACUUGAAUUGAAAUAAAUACACUCAGAAAUUUAAUAGGCCUAUUCACGUCUCUGAUACUGAACUGUACUCGAUGAAUUUGCAGUCUAACCAGCAUUAGAAUAUAGAUGUCAAGACUGGUGGUUUUGUAGCUUGUACUGAUAAAUUUACCACAGUUGCUGUUGUUUGCCUUUGCAAGGGCACUGUCAUGUUCUGUGUUCGACCUGUGGCUUAUAGACGGCUAUUUGCACGUGUGCAUGGCAGGGUCACAGCAUUAGAUUCUACUGGCAUUUGCCAUUUGCUGCCAUGGCUGUUCUGAUUCCUGUAGAGCAUUGCUCUGGGCUGUUUUAUUUCUUAAAACCAUUUUUCUUCAUUCCUGAUAUUAUUAAUGAAGACUGAUAGAAGAAAAAUUUUAGGUGAAAGAAAGUCACUCUCUGGAAAAAAAUUAAGAUGAAAAAUUGAUGCAUUGCUGUACAUAUAGCUGCAGCUGGACUCUUACAUUGGAUUUAUUAUUUUUAAUAUGACAGAACUUUCUCUAUAGUGCAGUGGCCAAGCGAGGCCUACAAUCAUGCAAAUUUACUUUUUCACUAGUCAUGGAAAAUGGAUUCUCUAUGUAUACAUAAUGCUCAUGAAUAUAUUUACAUAAUAUGUACAUCUGUAUGUUCACUUAAAAAAAUAUUUUACCAGAGAUUAUGUUGACGUUCAUGUUUCUCUUUUUAACAUUAAAUCUUACGGGUAAACUCCAGAACUUGAUGUUAAAGUAAGAGAUUUUUAUUUUUGUUUUAUUCUCUUUCUGACACCAUAAAAGGAUACACUUGAGUCUUUCUAUUGAUGGAAUCAAGAAAUAUCUUUUUCAUGUCCAUUCCUUGAUGAGGCAAGCUAUUCUGUGCAUAUCAAGGGCGUACGUAUCUAGUUACAUUCACUGCAAAAGACAGGGUUGUACUUGUCCUCCAUCUUCUCACAGCAAAGUGAAGUUUUUGGGUUCUCGCAAACCUGUUUGUGUGGUUUUUUAAUAUGUCUGCCAUCACAUGAUCUGAAUGUUUAUUGACAAUAACUUUGUGUGUAGUUACAGUAUUUUUCUCAUUAUUUUAACAUUUUCCUUGCUCUUCUAGUACUGGGUGGUGGCUGAGAGGGGUCAGUAACAUGUUUCUUUAGUUUGCUAAAAUUUUGAAGAGUUUUUUUCUCUAUUUUUCCAUUAUUAGUUCAUUUUUUAAUGCAUAUGUGUUGUGAAUUAUUCUGUCAGAACAACUUAUUGUCUAAGCAGCUUAGGAUUGUUUCAUUUUUUAUGGGUUUUUCUUUUUCUUUUUGAAGAAUGGAACUUACUAGUAUUAAAUUUCACUCUAUUGAACAUGUAGAAGUAGGGAGUUGUAAAAACUUGAACUGCUCUAGAUAGUUUGUUAUAUUAGGAAGGAAUCAUUCCUCAGCAGUCAUAGCAAAAUGUAUUGGGUUCUAACUGGAACAUCACCACAGCCUGGAAGAAUGACUGUAUUUCUUUAAGUUCGUUCGUGAACCAAAUCAGUGUGGACUUUCUGUAUGUGUGCUAAGACUGUUGUAUUAAAACUUUUCUAACAUCAGAACAAAUUUGUAGUAAGCAGUUACAUAGAUUGUAUUAAUUUUUCUUUUUAGUUUGUAAGAAUUUCUGACAAAAUUAGGUUCUCUUACAUUUAUCUGGAUUGCAGUGUUUCAAAAGCAGCUAUUUUUCAUUAUAACUACUCAUCAUUUUCAGGCCUCUACUAUGAUUUGUGUGGCUAUGAGCUUAGAAAAUCCUAUAUUGAAUGUAGACUUUUCAGAGAAUGUUAUUUGUGUGAACGGACUUUAAAUAGUAAACUUUUUUCCAUUUCAAUGUAGAAGAAGCUUCACACCAAGCUUUAGAAAACCAACAGCUGAGGAAAACGAAUGAGGAUAAAAGUCUUUUGCCUCUAACGAGACAGCAUUAUUCCUUAUUCUAUUAAGGUUUCAACUUUGGGAUACAUGUUGUUAUUAUGGCAGGCAGCAUUUAAGUUUUUUAAAAAUGAUUUUCUUGAACCUUUGUCUUUUGUAACCCUCUCAGCCAUCACUCAGCUACCACCACCACUUGUUGUUUACCAGUCUACUUCUGAUGCAUGUUCACAUAGUCAAGUUGUUGUUUGGUAAUUCUUGCUAUGUUUGAAAUGGUGUCAUUGAAGUGGCUCUUUCACAAUGAAAAUGCAUCACGGUGCUUCAAAUCGAAUUGUUGAUUUGUCACGAGCUUGGAAGAAAUAUUGAUGACAGCCUCAACAAGACUAUGACUUUUAUUAGAUUGAUGUUGGUGUUUAACUACUUAGAAGACUCCAGUUUCAAAGUGUUCAUGCUAUCAAGCUCAUCUUUGAAAUGCUGUGUUUCUAGUCAUAUUUGUUUAAGUGCAAUUUUUCCUUUUGAAAUAUUAAUGCAACUUUAUGAUGAUGAACAAAACCUGGGUUCCUAGUUAUUUUGAAUGUACAAAAGUUUUUGUUUUAAUUGCCAUUUUCUUUCGAAAGAAAGUGUGAAUGAGUUGGGGAAAGUAAAUCAUAGCAUAUGAGAUAAAUAGUUUAAAUUGGGAAGUUAUAAGAAGCAUUUUUCAGAUGAUGACUUCGUCUUAUGAAAUUUCGGGUGACUGAGGCCUCGUUGAGAGCACAUCUUGCUGAAGAAUGAUAAUAUUGUAAUAUUAUUCAAGUAGUUUACGAUGCCCUUUGGCUGAUAUGCUGUUCUUAUUUGUAAGUAUUCUUUUUUUUCAGCUUUAACAUGUGUACUGUGUUGAGCUAAAUAUAUGACCCACAAUCUCAAAUGUAUUGUUCCUGUAUUGCUUUUUCCCCUUGGUUAUUCAGUGAGACAGAAAGAAAACGUUACUCUUUGUUGUUUUUGUGUUCUCAUGGUGCUAACUUAGUUGUCAAUUAUUUAGACUGCCAGAUGCUGUGAUGUAGUAGUUGAUAGACUUGAGCAUACCUGUUGAACAUUCCCUUACAUUUAUUCUCAUAUUAGUUUUCUACAUCAUGUGCCAUGUGGGACAACAAUUGGUUAAGGGCGAUGAUGCCAUGUUUAUGGCCAAACUAUUUCCUAUCUGCCCACAUCUACAGUAGACCCUGUUUUUACCAGUAUUUAUCUUCUACUGGCAUUUUUCAUGCAUUUAUUUUUUAUAUGUACUCUAUCGACGACGAUAUCAAGGUGAUGGGACCAUUGAGAGUAAUCAAGUGUGCUAUCUUGUGCAUCUGAAAACAAAGAGUUAAAACCAUUUUGCAAAGGCAACCAUUCACAUUUUAGCACAGAUUGUUUUUCUCUCAAGAUCUGUGCAUGGUGUUUGUAACAUCUUAGUCUAUACUCUACGUCACAAGAGGACCUAAGGAAUGAGAAAAGUAUUGUUUUAUAUUUUAGUUCUAUUGACAUUUAUUUUGAAGACGAUUUAUUCACUUUCUAUGGUAAUAGCUGUCUUUUAUCGUAGUUUGAAUCUCUGUAGUUUAGGAAAUAAAAGUUGUAUGGGUUAACAUUAAAUUAUUGACAACUUUUUGUUCUCAAUACGAAUUACCAAUUUUCAUGAAUGUUGUAGUCCUUUUUAAACAAAUACCCGUGGCAUUGGCUUUACCAAUUUAAAAAAAAUUUUUUUUGAUUAUAAGAUUGACUAUGGGUGAGGAGGGUACGUGGUGUUGAUUGCUUUAUGAGAGAUCAGAGUGCAGUUGUCUUCUCUUUUGGUCUGGGGAAUGUCUUGAAUCUAUAGAUAUCUGCUUGUUGGAUUAUCUACUAUAUGAAAGAGAAAGAUGUAUAGUUUGUAAUAAUGCUUUAUUCAACCUGCUUUGUCUUGAGACAUCUUAGCGUCUCAUGAACAAUUGUGAUGACUCGACUGCUUUGUCUCAAAAUGCUUAUAUUAUUAUAUCUCAAUUUCUUGAGCUGCAUUUUUAUUUCAAAUUUUUGUUCCUUUUCUUUCUUUCUUUCCUGUUUGGUUUUUUUUUUUUGGGUUGCUUUUUUGUGUAUGAAUGUAUUCUCUACAACGUUUAAAAAACAAAGGGUUUGAUCUCAGCUCAUCUGAGCUAAGUUUGUUUCUUCAGUACGUCAUACUCAUUCACGUAUUUGAUCCCCAUGUUUCAAUGUACAUAUAUAUAUAUGCAAGCAUCAAUAUAACUAUCUGUGAGUUCCAUUAUUUCCUGAAGUGCAUAUAGUUCAACUUAACUGCAGACUGAAUGAGCUCUCAUACCUUGGUGAUGUAGCAGACCAGCUGUGUUUGUUCCGUACUUUUCUGAACCACUCUGAGAGGAUGACAAGGUCAAAAGUCAACCUCUCAGGCUUUUUUUUUUUUUUUGGAGGAGGGGGCAAAAGUAAAGAAAAGCACAUCACGUCCAACACCCCUCCCCCCCUUUUGAACUGCUUGACUUACUGUCCAACAUCCACCAAGGUCACAGGUAGGUUUUACAGGUACAGGAAAUGGUGUGCUGUAAUUGUGAUGAUGCUUAAAGACGUUGGAAGGGGGGGAGGGGGGGUUGAGUGUACUUUACUGUUACCUUUUUUGCAUCUCAAUGCUGGUUUCCUUUGAUGCUGGUCAACUUUGUGAGGGACAAAAAGUUAUAGUCCAUAUGUGUAAUAAAUAAGGAAACCUUUAUGCUCCUGAUUAGAGGUAACAAUUUUUCUGAAAGGAUUAUUUUCUUCAGUAAUGAUAAUUUUCUAAUAACUACUCUUUCAUAUGCUUCACAUACAUGAGACUGCUGUGAGGCCCCCCAAAAACCACCCCCAAAAAACCACCCCCAAGCGUUGCGAGUAAAAUUCUCUGUGAAAAUGUUAUUUAAACAGCAUUAAAAAAUCUAGUCUCUUUGAUUUGUUCUGCUUUAUUAACCACUCCCUAUGUUAUUUCUUUAAUGUCAAUAUUGCCUUUUUAUUGUAUGAUUUGUUUUAAAGGUUUUUAAUGAUAAAGUCAAAUAGUGAUCUAUAUUCUCUUUAUUUCUUCUUUACAAUUUGCAAGGUGCCAAAUCAGUUAUAUUUAAAUAUCCUGUCAAACCACUGGUCUGAGCCAACAUGGUUCUCACAUACCCCUCCCCCUGGAACUUUGGGGCUAUACCAUGAUUCAGGGCUACUCACCUGGCCAUUGUUAAAGCACAUCAAAGGGUGCCCUUGGGCAAUUUUCUGGCCUCCAGAGGUAUCCACGAUUUGGGGCUGUUCAGAAUUCACAGUUCAUAGGCAGAUCUCUGUGUUAAUCACACUGGAGUGACUUUUUUCCCUAACUCGAGAAAAGAUGUUCCCAGUAGCUUUGCCUUGGGCAAAUUGUUGGUCAAAAGUGCUGUAUGUGGCCAGUUUACACUGUUAAGCCGACUCGCUGAAUCGUGGUGUUCCCAAAUGUUGAUACUUACACCCUUUUGCAGGCUUUUCAAGGACUUCUUGCUUUCUCCUUUUUUUUUUUGUUUACUAUUCUUUUAUUUUAUUUUGUGUUGCAUUUCACUGGAAGACUUAUUUUAAAAUUGGUUCUGACAGAUCUGGUUCCGAGAGUGAAUGGUGCCACAACACAAAUUUGUAUUAUUUAAACCAGGAAACAAAAAAGUAUGAAAUUGAAAGUCAUGUAAAUAAUCAGUGGAUGGACUUUAUCAUAAAUUUUGCAGUAGUUUUUUCCCAAGUCCUAGAUUAAACCCAAAUGAUGGUGUGAUAGAGAAUAUUAUUUGCCUGGUGACAAAUCUGAUGUAUCUCUGUUAAAGACUGACAGAAUUAUUGUUUGCGUUUUGCUAUAUUCUGUAAACGUUUUAUGAAAAAGCCAACUUUUGCUGAGAACACAUGGACACGGAAGCUCACAUGCAUACACUUGUUCUCAAAUAUAGGCCUACUGUGGGUCAAAAUUUUUGUUAAAACUAUGGUGAAGUAUUUUUAUUAACAGCACCAUUUUUUAAAUUUGUCUCUUAGAUAUUGUGACAUUUUUGGCUCAGAAUAUGUUCUUUUUUUUUCCUUCCUUUUUUUCUCCAGCACAUGACUUUCUCUAAAAUUUCAAUUUUUCAGGUUUCAAAAGUCUUUAACUGUACCCUUUCCUUACUAGCUCUUGUACACAGUACUUGAAUCAUCAUAGGUUGGUUACCUCUUCUUUAUGCCAUUCUAUAGUGUUUAGCCAAAAUGACUGACAGAAGGCACUUUUUCUGUUUGUUUGUUUGUUUGUCCACUUAAAGCUUACUUCUUUUCUAUGGUGUUUAAAGGGGUGUGUAUCUUUCUGAGAUGGCUGGAACUAAUGUGAGUUUCACCUAAUUCUGAAGAAACCAAUUUGAAUCAUGAAUAGUUUCAAAGAGUAAAUUUUUAAAGUUUUCUUUUGAAGAGUUAGUUUUUAUUAAGUGGAAAUGUAUUUCAACUUUGUCUCCAGCAAGGAAAAAAAAAGAUGUUGUACUUGAUUCAAUAAAACUUCUCAUUUUUUUAGUGUUACUAUAUUUGGCAAAACAGUGAUAAUUUAGGAUUACGAGAAGAUGGGAAUAGCUUUAAGCCUUAGUUGGUCUCCUAAUAUUCACUGUAUGAAAACACUCUUUUUCUUACAAGUCUCUCCUCAAAAGGUCAGCACAGACUUAGGACAACCAUAAGAGUAAGAGUGAGAGGUGCUGAUUUUCCAGAUAAAUCUGGAAAUCUGUAUUUCAAAAACUGACCAGAUUUUGUAAUAUACUCCUACAUUUAUUUAUAUUUUAAUCUCUUUUUACAUGUCAUAUUAUAUUUCAUUUUAAAGUAGUUUGGAAACAAGAUGCAUUAGUCAAUAGGAUCCAUAAAUUUUGAAUCAUCGCUUAUGCCUUUCCACUGAGACAGAAAAGUCCAGGAUUUAUUUUGUAGUCAGUUUGGCAUCUCUGAAGAGUGACAUCCUCAGUGAAUCAAUGUAGAAUGUUAGUCCAUAGUACUUGAUAUACACACCUGUCUGCUUUAUUCUCGAUGUACAUAUAUGGCAACAAGUCCUUUUUUUUUAAUUAACAAAAAUUUCAUUAACUUCCUGCUGCAUAUUAUAGUAUUACCAGCUUUGAUAGUAUGAGGCACUUCAAGGCAAAGUAGGAGGUGGGGUUUAAAACUCUGGCCGUGAUUCCAAAGCAGUUUGUCUUUUUAUAUUCUAUACACUUGUAAUGUGCGCCUUGUAGUAAUGUUUACUUCUCACUAAAUCUUUGAUAUUAUGUGGGCAUGGUUUUCUCUGAGUGUUGAGCAUGUCUUUACACUCAAUGAUGCAAGAAGUUGAGAGGCGGUUUAUUUCUCUUACAAGUUGGGGAUAACAACCACCCCCCCCCCUCUUUGUACUGAUGAAGAAUUGCUCCUAUGGCUGUUUAAUUUCUGACUGUGUGUGGGCUUGCCACUUGUUAUUUAUUGUUAUUUUUGUCCUUCCUUUUCUUGUCUUGAUCUUACUUCUUCAUCUUAUCUAUAUAUAAUAUUAUUUCAUAUGUGUAUGAAUGGCUGUGGGUUGUUUUUUUGUUGGUGUUUUUUGUUUUUUUUCUCGUAAAAAUGAUGUUCCAACAAAUUUGUUCAGCUAGAUUAGUUACUCAUCACUGUGAUCACACAGACUUGUUCAGCACUAUUUCAUGUAUUGAAUUAGUGAAGGAAAACUUGUGUGUGUUAUGAUACUGCUGUAUACAUGCAUUUUCCAGCCAGACACUUUAGUGUAUAGAAACCACCAUGACAAUGAUUAUGUGCUAGAGAGAAAGGGAGUUCAUUUGGACACAAGAAUGUGAGACGGAAAGAGAUGUGUGUGUUCGUGUACGUGUGUGUGUGUUUGUGUGAUGACAAAUGAUUUUGGGGGAAUAUUAUGAAUGUCAUUUUUGUGGGUUUUCUUUGUUGUCCGUGGUUCUGAUUGUGCAUGAGAAUGUGAAGAAAGUGUGAAGAUCAGUACCAGAAGGAGGGAGUGAGUGAGUAA